UUCACCGCGCGCCGCUGUGGACACGCAAAGAAUCGAAAGUGCUGGAGUGUUUUCAUCCAGCGGGAUCUGGGAAUAGGGUUAUUUUCACUUUUGAAAUGACUUGACGCUCUAAAAGGGAUUGGUGGACGGUGAACUUGCACUUGGGGGGCAGUUUGACAGUUCAUGGUCAGAGCAAACUGAGGCGUUAUAGAGAGAGAGAGAGCGAGCGAGAGAGAGAGAGAGUGUUGUGUUAAAACCUCUCUAUUUUAAUUACUGCUGUGAGAAUGCUGCUAAGCGAUGAUACUUCCACUAUGCCCGUGGAGAGGAUGCGUAUGCGACCAUGGCUGGAGGAACAGAUAAACUCGUGUAAAAUACCAGGACUUAAAUGGGUUAAUAGGGAAAAGAAAAUCUUUCAGAUUCCGUGGAUGCAUGCUGCACGGCAUGGCUGGGAUGUGGAGAAAGAUGCACCUCUGUUUCGAAACUGGGCCAUACACACAGGCAAAUACCAACCCGAGGUGGACAAGCCUGACCCCAAAACAUGGAAGGCAAACUUUCGCUGUGCUAUGAACUCCCUGCCUGAUAUUGAGGAGGUGAAAGAUAAAAGCAUCAAAAAAGGAACAAAUGCCUUUAGGGUUUACAAGAUGCUGUCGGCAACAGAAAGACAGUCAAAGAGAGGUAAGAAGAGACCAGAUAAAGACAUAAAAGUAAAGGAGGAGCAGCAGUGCACUGUUUCCUCUGCCUGGGAGAGUACCAAUGGCUCCACAAGGACUGCAGGAGCUGCAGGAGCACGAACAGUCAAACAGGAAGCAGAUCACACUGUCACAGAAAGAGAAGCUGGGAGUCGCAGUCCUUCCGAAGACCAUCUGAUAAUCCCGGACGUGUGUCAGACCAUUGAAGUGGUGACAGAGAACGAGGAGCAGGCCGUGAGCUCCACCCACUCCUACCCCCUUCAGAUCUCUCCAAUGUCUUCAUACGGAGAGAGCGACACUGACAGCGUGCAAAGCGAAGAGGACUCCAAAGAGCAUAUGCGAGCACUUGUAUGGAAUAAUCAUGUAGAGGCAAAGCCAGCCUUGGACACCUCCACGAUGCGGACAUCUUUACCCAGCAUGUCCACUUUCAUCGCUAAGCCCAACUUCAGGAUUACAGCUGUCCAGGACACCACAUCCACUGCCUUUCAUGGCCCCUAUAACACCGGGGGACCAUGGAGCCUCUUGACCACACCUCACUCUCCAUCACAACCCCCAGCAGCUUCCAGCAAACCUCCUGUCCAUGAAAAUCGCGCCAGUGUCAUCAUGAAAACCUCAGACGUAUCGAAAUCUGUCAAGAGUUACUAAGGAAAACCACCUCAGUAACUGAAACCCCUUGCCUUUUCUUGAUCCUGGCUUCAUUGGAGGCUGUACUGAAAUUUAACACGGAUCAAAGAAUCUAAGCAACACUCUGUGGCCUCCUAUUGAUGAUCUCACAGCUAGCAAAACUGAUGGUGAUGAUGAUGAUGAUGAUGAUGGUGAUGUCUGGCUCGCUAAAUAGUUCAUCUAAGCCAUGAAUGAGAUAAGACAUGAUGCAGGGCAAAUGCAGGAUUCAGUGCAGGUCCAGGUUUUUAUUUCAGGGAGCGCUCUAGUACAGUGACAGCAACAUUGGCAUUGUUUCCAACUCGUUUCAGAUGUGUAUAUACAGGAGAGUCAUAAUGUCUAAUCAGAGGCAUUCGCUUUAGCACCUUAUAGUAAAAAAGCACUGAAUGAGAUUAUCUGUGGCCUUCUUUCUGUCUCUAUAGCACCAUGAGUGUGGAUACACACUUCUCUGAAAGGAUUUGUUAGUUUGUGUCUCUUAUCCAUCAAAGAAAGCACUUUUAAAGGUAACCUUUUUGUAUCUCAAAAAUCUGACAUUGUCUAAUAUAUUGUUGUGUCUUAAGGGAUUUUUAAAAGGUGGAUUAUUUACAUUUUUGCCCUGUAUAAUCAAUUUUGAUUCAUGGAUGUUUUUCUGAAUGACAAAAUGGCACUUAUUUUAUUUUUUAUUUUUUUUUUAAAUACAUUGAUAUUUUUGCUUUCUACUGUAUGCGUGUACAUAUAAAUGUACAUAUAAACAAAUUUAAUUAUCAGUGCUGUGAAAAAGCAUUUGCCCCCUGAAGUCGUUUUCUGCAUUUUUGCGUCUUUGAGAGUAGAUUCUAAAAUCAGAAUAUAGUGUUUCAAGAAUCAAGCCCUAAAAGUUGUAGCAAAUAGGGAUGUGGUUUGGACCUUAUAUUUAGUUUUGAGCUGCACUAUACAGUAUGAUAUGUGCACAUCUCUGUGAAUACACCCCACCUUCACCUCCAAGUACUGUAGUUAUGCAGUUCCUUGUUUUGUAUCAAACCUGAGUAGACAGGUUUGACUUUUUUAAUUGUGAGUACAGAUUGGUAUUCACUAUACACUAUUCCAGACAGUGGAGAUGCAGCUGGAGUCAGUCGGUCCAGCCGUGUGCUUGUUUUCCAUAACCUCAUAAGAGUUUUUGGGAACAACUAGACCGGGAACAUGAGAAGCACAUGUCCACAGUAUGCUGGGUCACACUCACCCCCCCUUUAGCCAUUUACAUGUGCUUGUGAUCCACUGAUCUCUCUGUGCAUAUGAAUUCAAGCACAGAAAACACACACACACACACACACACACACCACAGAAAGCAAGGUUCAGGUGUCCUGCAUCAACUGUUACCCCCUUCUCCCUUUCCCCCCUGAAAGCCUGUGCCAAAUCACAUCCUCACCUGCUACAACCUUAAAAGCAAAUGUGUAGAUUUUGCAGCUCACACAGGCCUGUCUGGAAAAAAAGUAAUAGUAUCCAUCCUCAACAUCUGUUACUCCCAACUUCACCAGCAGUAACUGCAAAAUCAAUGAUUCCUGUAAGGAUUUUCUAUGCUUAAGAGAAAUCCUGUGCAUUUUCCUCUAUAUUAGCAUGCCUCAGCUCAGGUCACUAGUUUAGGUCUAGGUCAUCAUCAAAUGUGUUUUAUACUUUAUAUAUUUUUACAUUUAUUUGUGGAUAAUACAAAUGAAUAAUUACCUGUCGGGGUUAUGUUUUUUUCUUCAUAUCAGGACACAGUGUUCACUGCACUUGUAGGUUUUAGUUUCUCCAUAAAAAUUCAUUGAUGCUGAUCAGGAGAAGACUUUAUUCAUAUUUUUUAUAAGUCACACUUUUCCACAUCUCGUAAACCAUCUAAGUGCUUCUGGGCGAACCAAACUGCACCCAGCACCUUAAUAACCACAUCACAAGAACAUAUAAGGAUCUUUUCACAUAUUGAUUGUAUUCUGUAAAUUUGUGGAUGUUUUUUGUAAGACAGGCACUCAGCUUUACUACUUACUGCCCAACAAUAUUACUAGCAGACCUCUGAUAGAUAGCCAGAUGAACCACAUUAUCUUAAACCUUUAUGCCGAAGUCUCUUAUCAUCCUCAUUACAAUCAUUUAUUGUAAAUUUUGGCAGCACAUCAAAAAUGACAUUAAGUGGUGCUAAGAUAUCAAACAAAACAAAUCAAAUCCAGUGUGCAAAUGCAGAAAAUUAAACAGGUGGCAAAAACUUAUUUUACAGCCCUUGUGUGUGACUAUACAUGGAAGUGUGUUCAUCUAACCAAAUGUGUCUCUAUACACAUUUAUAGGUUUCUCAAUCCUGUGGAUCAGUGAAUAUCUAAUUAUAUGCAAAGACAAUGUUGUGUAAAAUAAGAAUUUCUUGAUAAUAAAUAUACAAAAAAAAAUCA